AUGCACGAGGCGUAUAGACGUUACGGCCAUUCCAAGUCUUUUCACUGCAACUCUUGCGACUCACGCCUAAUUUGUCCGAGGGCAGCGUGUAGGAACACCGAAUGUCCCCUUCUAGGCGUUACUCCGAAGCGGUGCAAAGCAUCGAAGCGAACUACUAUUCACUUCCUGCAAAUCGAGCCGCAACUGUCACUAAUACUUGGAAGGAUCCUCAGUCGCCUAAUUCAAACUCACAGACAAAUUCAUGCCGGGGAUGACAGUGGCAAGCGGAGCGAAACCUAUUCAUUCCCAUGGUACAAGCGAUUCAUCGAAACGCACACGGACUUUGACGAAUGCAAGAUCAAUAUCAUCUUGACUAUUAACUUUGACGGCGUCAAACUAAAGAAACUGUCGCGGUCGCAAACCUGGCCUAUCUACCUUCGCAUCGAAGGUCUGCCGUUCAAGGAGAAAAACAAGGUCGAAAACAUAGGCAUAACGUUUUCAAAAAAGGCCCCACAGAAACCCUGCUGCGAGAAAUGUUUUCUCGACUUCGUAGCGAACUGGAGGCGCUGCUGGACAGCGGAAAUUCCCAUUGUUGUAGAUGAUCGCACCUGGUUCUGCACCCCUGUACUGUCCAAAGGUGUCAUUGACUUCAGUGCCUUAAAACACUAUACGACUUACCCCGCUGGCAGUCACAGAACGGUUGCCAUCUGUGCACUUUCGAGGGUGAAAGAAGGUGGUCAUCGAGUGAUUUGGUUCCCCAGGUUCCCUUAUGCAGGAGAUCGUCGCACAUUUGCCUCAAUAACUCGGGAUGCCAUCUUCAUCACCGCAACUCGCAACUUCACAUACGCGGCCAAAUUCGUUUUGGGAAUGGACGACUUAUCAGGCAUCACUGGGUCUGAGAAGGACGCUCUUUCCUUCGUUGCAUUUCCCCUUGCCGCCGCUCUGAAUAUUUGUGCAGAACCCGUUGGUGCAGUCGCCGUGCUCGCAUACUGGAUAUUAGUGCGCGUGUUGGAAAAGAGCGCAGAGCUGAUUGCUGUGCACGGAGUGCAGGAAUUGGCUAGCGCUAUGAAGGAUUUGUGGUACGCGAUCGAGCCGACUUUGUGCACAAUGAAGGUCCACGUGAGUGUCGUUGUGUUCCUCAUAAUGUAG